CACAGCUCCUGAAUGCAGCAGCAGGCUGACUGGCUCUGUGAAGAUGGCGGACUGUAUACGUGUUCCUCUGCUCCUGCUUCUGAUGUGCAUCUUGUCGUCUUUGCAUCCAAUUCAAGGAGAAAACAACGUUAUUGCCAAACUUGCAGGUAAUGUCGAUAACCCACAGAAUCUCGCCGGAGGUCCGGGGCCGGCUGCGGGGAACCCGGGAGCCGCUGAGAGGAACCUGGGCGCUGGGGCCUCGCUGCCUCGGAGGCGCUCUACCGGCUGGAAGUUGUCUGAGGAGGGGGUGUGCAGGGAGGACCUGACCCGGCUUUGCCCCAAACAUUCCUGGAACAACAACCUGGCGGUGCUGGAGUGUCUCCAGGACAAGAAAGAGGACACUGAGAUUGCCGCUGAAUGCAACCAUCUGCUGUGGAACUACAAGCUGAACCUGACCACUGACCCAAAGUUUGAGUCUGUCGCCGUGGAGGUCUGCAAGACCACCAUCUCUGAGAUUAAAGAAUGUGCAGCGGAGGAGCUCGGGAAGGGCUACCUGGUGUCCUGCCUGGUGGAUCACCGCGGCAACAUCAGCGACUACCAGUGCAACCAGUACAUCACCAAGAUGACCACCAUCGUCUUCAGCGACUACCGGCUGAUCUGCGGCUUCAUGGACAAGUGUCGCGAAGACAUCAACGCGCUGCACUGCGGCAGCAUCAGCACCGGAGAGAAGGACAUCCACUCUCAGGGCGAGGUCAUCGCCUGUUUGGAGAAAGGUUUGGUGCGGGAGGCAGAGGAGCAGCCGGGGGCUCACUCCAUCAAGGACGACUGUAAAAAGUCCAUCAUGAGAGUUGCUGAGCUCUCCUCAGACGACUUCCACCUGGAUCGAUACCUGUACUUCGCCUGCCGCGACGACCGAGAGCGCUUCUGUGAAAACACACUGGCUGGAGAAGGACGAGUUUACAAAUGUCUUUUCAAUCACAAGUUUGAGGAGGCGAUGUCUGAGAGGUGCCGCGAGGCGUUGACCACCAGGCAGAAGCUGAUCGCUCAGGACUACAAGGUCAGCUACUCGCUGGCCAAAGCCUGCAAGUCGGACCUGAGGAAAUACCGCUGCAGCGCAGACAACAACAUGCCCCGAGCCCGAGAAGCUCGCUUGUCCUACCUGCUGCUCUGUCUGGAGUCUGCUGUGCACAGAGGUCGUGUGGUCAGUGGCGAGUGUCAGGGCGAGAUGAUGGACUACAGGCGGAUGCUGAUGGAGGAUUUCUCUCUGAGUCCGGAGAUCGUGCUGCACUGUCGGAGCGAGAUCGAAGGUCACUGUUCCGGUCUGCACCGUAAAGGACGGACGCUGCACUGCCUGAUGAGGGUCGGCCGAGGAGACAUGGGCGCCAUCGACGCCAACUGUCAGAGGGCUCUCCAGACUCUGAUCCAGGAAGCCGACCCUGGAGCCGACUACCGCAUCGACCGGGCGCUCAACGAGGCCUGUGAGUCUGUCAUCCAGACCGCCUGCAAACACAUCCGCAGCGGAGACCCCAUGAUCCUGUCCUGUCUGAUGGAGCACCUGUACACAGAGAAGAUGGUGGAGGAGUGUGAGCACAGACUGCUGGAGCUGCAGUACUUUAUCGCCAGAGACUGGAAGUUGGAUCCCGUCUUGUAUAAGAAAUGUCAGGGUGAUGCCGCUCGGCUCUGCCACACUCAUGGCUGGAACGAGACCAGCGAAAUGAUGCCACCUGGCGCCAUUUUCUCCUGCCUGUACCGCCACGCCUACCGCUCUGUGGAGCAGGGACGGAGGUUCCUCAGUGGGGAGUCUGAAGCAGAAACCCAGAGGUUGACUCUCUCCAGAGACUGUAAGGUAGAGGUGCAGAGGAUCCUCCACCAGAGGGCGCUGGACGUGAAGCUGGACCCCGAGCUCCAGAGACGAUGUAUGACCGACCUGGGGAAGUGGUGCAGCGAGAAGACGGAGGCUGGACAGGAGCUGGAGUGUCUGCAGGAUCACCUGGAGGAUCUGGUGUCUGACUGCAGAGACGUGGUGGGGAACCUGACGGAGCUGGAGUCAGAGGAUAUUCAGAUCGAGGCGCUGCUGAUGCAAGCGUGUGAACCCGUCAUCCAGACCCACUGCCAUGAGGUGGCUGAUAACCAGAUCAACACCGGUGACCUGAUGGAGUGUUUGGUUCAGAACAAACACCAGAAGGAGAUGAAUGAGAAGUGUUCGGUGGGAGUGACACACUUCCAGCUGAUUCAGAUCAAAGAUUUUCGUUUCUCGUACAAGUUCAAGACGGCCUGCAAGGAGGACGUCCUCAAACUGUGUCCCAAUAUCAAGAAGAAGGUGGACGUCGUGAUCUGCCUCAGCACCACGGUGAGGAACGACACCCUGCAGGACGUCAAGGAGCAGCGAGUGUCCAUCAAGUGUCGUAAACAGCUGCGGGUGGAGGAGGUGGAGAUGUCAGAGGACAUCCGCCUGGAGCCGGAGCUGUUCGAGUCCUGCAAGCUGGACAUCAACAGACUGUGUCAGAACGUGGCCUUUGGCAACGCACAGGUUAUCGAGUGUCUGAAGGAGAACAAGCGUCAGCUCACUCAGCGUUGCCACCAGCGAAUCUUCAAGCUGCAGGAGGUGGAGAUGGUCGAUCCUGAACUGGACUACCAGCUGAUGAGAGUCUGCAAGCAUAUGAUCAGGCGGUUCUGUACGGAGUCGGAGGGAAAGAACGUUCUUCAGUGUCUGAAACAGAACAAGAACAGCGAGCUGAUGGAUCCUAAAUGUAAACAGAUGAUCACCAAGAGACAGAUCACCCAGAACACAGACUACAGGCUGAACCCGGUGCUGAGGAAGGCCUGUAAAGCCGACAUCCCAAAGUUCUGUCAGCCGAUCCUGAACAAGGCGUCUGCGGACAGCGAGCUGGAGGGUCAGGUCAUCUCCUGCCUCAAACUGAAAUACGCCGACCAGCGUUUGUCUCCAGACUGUGAGGCUCAGAUCCAGAUCAUCCUGCAGGAGUCGGCGCUGGACUACAGACUCGACCCUCAGCUGCAGAUCCACUGCACACAGGAGAUUUCCAGGCUGUGUCCGGAGGAAGCAGCAGCUCAGGAGCAGACGGGGCAGGUGGAGGAGUGUCUGAAGGUCAACCUGCUGAAGAUCAAACAGGAAGGAUGUAAGAAGGAGGUGUUGAACAUGCUAAAGGAGAGUAAGGCGGACAUCUUCGUCGACCCCGUCCUCCACACAGCCUGCGCUCUGGACAUCAAACAUCAGUGUGCAGCGAUCCCACCUGGCAGAGGGCGCCAGAUGUCGUGCCUGAUGGAGGCGCUGCAGGACAAACGUGUUCGUCUGCAGCCGGAGUGCAAGAAGAGACUUCAGGAUCGCAUCGACAUGUGGAGCUACGCCGCCAAGGUGGCUCCUGCUGAGGGCUUCUCGGACCUGGCCAUGCAGGUAAUGACAUCACCGUCCAAGAACUACAUCCUGACUGUGAUUGGUGCAGGCGUGGCGCUGCUCUUCAUGAUGGGGCUGCUCUGCGGCAGAUUCACCAAACGCGUCACUCAGGAGCUGAAGGACAGGUAGACCCCGCCCACUCUGGGGUCAGGACACACCCACAGGAGAAACGACCACCUCCCCCUCUUCAUUUACCUCCUCUCCUCCGCCUUCACCUCCCACUUCAGUCCUCCUCACCACUUCAUUUACAAACUCCCUCUGCCUCUUCUUCCAUCGCUGGAAUGACAUCACCCACAAUCCUGCAGACGAACGUGGGCUUGAUCAGUGACUCACCUGCUCUUCCUCUACACAAGCCCCGCCUACUCCCUGGGAGGCCACACCCCCUCUCUUUUUCUUUUUCUUCUUUUCCUUCUGAGCUUCGAUCCAGAGCGCCGGGUCCUCCUGCAGUUUAACCCACACUCACCUGAUGUAGAUGCAGUACAAUUACUCUGCGCCCCUUUUUUUGUUUGUUUGUUUGUUUGUUUUUCUGCCCUUCGUUGUGGGCCGAGGGGUGGUGGGAGGGUGAGGAGAGGGGGAGGGGUGGGGGUUGUAAGGAUAUGGGGUCAGAGGUCAAGAUAUGGAGGCGAAGGAGGUGAAUGAAUCAUAAUAAGUGUAAAUGUGUAGAAAGUGGGAAAUGCUCAUGUAUAGAGCAGUUUAAUGACUCCAGUAUUUUAAUGACUUAAGUGUGUGUUAGCGUGUGUGAGCGUGCGUGUGUGUGCGUGUGUGUGCGUGCGUGUGCGUGCGUGUGUGUGUGUGUGUGUGUAAAUGAAACUGUCUUUCUAUCACCAUAUUGUUCUAGUUUGUCCUGCUAAACGGUUUUCGGGGGUUGUUUUGGAUCUGGAUAUAUCUUCUUUUCUUUCGUUUUGCUGAUGUGUGUGUUAGUUAGAUUUUAUCGCCAUGGGACUGCCAGGCGGGCGGUGCCAACCAGCCAGCCCUCCACCGAGCCACAGAUAAGAUGAAGAGAGGUGGAGGGAGGAGGGGGGACACAUCACAAACACUCCCAGCCGGCUCGCUGAAAGCUCUUCUUGCAGCAGGAAUUAUUUGUGGAUAUUUUUAUUUUACUCUUUCUGAAACAGCAGACCUGGCAACCUCAGCUCUCCUCUAAUGCAGUCCGAUACUUUUUUUGUUUUAAGAUUUGUUUUUCCCAGCCCAACCUGUGCCAUAAACACACCACGCUCGUCUACCUGCUGCUCCCAGCGUAGCCGGUGUUCACCGCUCCAGCAGCUGGUUGGGACGUUUGUUUGGCAGCACGCCGUGACACAGAGUCAGGAGUCGUGCCAGCCUGAUCCAAGACUGGGCGGAGCAGAAAGACUGGGCUUCUUCAUUUUUAUUAUUAUUUUUUUUUUUUUUUGGCCCCCAGUCAUGAACUCACAGAGCGGCUGUUGGUAUCGCGCUGGUUGGUACGUAAAAAGCUGAGAGCAAUGCAGGAAUUAAAAAAAAUAAAGAAAUGAAAAGGUUCUAGAUUAUUAUAGAGAUGUGAACAUUUUGUGUAAAGAUGAUACUGGAAUCAUUGCACAUUUUUCGUUCUUUUUUUAUAUCUAUAAAUAUAUAUAUAUUGUUUUGUCAUAGCCUUAUUUAUUUGUUUACUAAUGGUCAAAGUUUUUUUUUUUUUUUCUAUGAUUUGAAUGUUCUCUGGUUGCCUUUUCUCCAGCAAGCGAGCGUCCCUCUUUCCUGCAGGGGGAGGGAGGGAGGAUAUGGGGGAGGACGCAGGCGGCGAAGGUUCAGCCUCCUCUGGGCAUCAACCUGCUCCAGCAGCUGAUUGUUUCACGUGUGGCAGUGAACGCCUCUCUGAUGGGCGGUUAGGUUUCAUGAAGUCAGCAGCACACUGAGCCUGAUUUAUGGCGGAGUGCGCACAACACCUUUAACAAGUGUCGCUCAACAGAAAUCAAAGAGCUGUGUGGCAUUUUCAGUUUAUGCUUUGGCGAAAGAUUAAAGUCGUCUUCAGAAAUAUAAGAAUGUUUGUGUCCGUUCCCUCAGAAUGAGGUGUGUAUGCCUACAAAGGGAGCAGGUCCUUGUUUAUGGAGAUUGCCAUGUUGCACCGCCAUGUUUCUACAGUAGCCCAGGACAGACAAACCAGACACUGGGUCUAGACAGAGACAUUUGUGUUUUUUCAAGUCAGCCACUGUAGUUAGAAGCGCCUCGAGAAUGUCAGAGAACCUCUGAUUUGUAACGUGAAAGUGUUUUAUUCAGUGUUUUUGCUGGGUUAAAUCAGCUGGUCUGUUUGUUUCGGAGAGGAAGAGACCUCUGUGGAUCUUUCAGCUCCUGGUCAAAUCCUCCUGAACAAUGAACACUGAAGGAAUUCUAACCAGGAGAAGUUUCAGCUGGUUGCAAUGUGCAGUCCUCACCACUAGAUGCCACUAAAUGCCCCUGAAGCUUACACACUGUUUCUUUAAUUUUACUUUAGAAGACAACAGGAACAUAAGAAAAGAGGAUGUUCAGUGCAUCCAUUGAACCAAUCAGUGAGUUGAAGGGUGAAAAUGUUUUGGUCCAGCAAACGCAGGACAUGGACGAGGAGAUGUCCUGUAUUUUUGGAUGUCUGCCAACCGUUCUGCUAAUCCGGUCAGCCCUGAGACGGUCCUUUAUCGCUCACGCUGAGACACACAACACUGCAGCAGAUGUUUCAGAGAGGCUCGCCGUGACCACCACAGCACAUUGCGUGACAAACUAUGACGUCUGCAACACAACAUUCUCCAGGUGUACAACAUAAAAGAGACACGGCAUCUGAGUUUGUGCAUCAGUAUCUGUCAUGUGAUGAUUCUUUGGGGAUGACCACUGGUGCUGUCACGCACCAUCAAAGCUGAUGAGUGAUGUUGAUAUGAAUGGGACGAGGGUUCAGUUCACGGAGCAACAUCUGUUGGACACGGACAGAAAACAGUUUUACUCUAACAUGGCUUUUGAAGACACAAAUAUUAGGGAUGGGAACUGAGGAGAUGUUGGGGCAAAAUGAGGUAGUGCUGAAAACUGUACAAAGAAAAUCAAUAUUAAUUUCACCAGUUAAACAUUUGCAGGAACAGUGAACUCACUGAGCAACAGAGAUUUGGGACAUUACGAUUGUUUCAAAGGUGCUGUUUAAUUUGGAACAGGUUACAGGUUCAUUUUCAUUUAGGUUUUCUUGGAGAGAUAAAAAACCCACUAAGCCUGCCUGAUGUUAUUAUAACAUUAUUAUAUCACCCUCAGUAACAAACAUGCUGCCCCGUUGGGAAGCAGCUGCACUUGUGCAAAGAGUGUCGGAUUCAUUGCACUCCUGGAAUUUGAGCCCAUGUUGUGAAGGAAGAUGUUUGAGCAUCUUGAUGAUCAUUUUAAAGACGUUACAAGCAGCUCUGUUGUCGUCUUUCUUCUUCUUUCUUCUUCACGCUUUGGAUCGUUUCUUUCUCGCCACCAUGACUUUUUCUGUCUGUAUGUUUCCAGCAGCGUAGACGCAACCCAGUCACCAGAGUAAAUGUAGACAUUGUACGUUUCUGCAGCGGGCACGUUCCAUUUCUACGUUAAUAUGUAGCGGACCAGUGAAACUUUAUGUUUGGAGAAUGGAGACUGACUUUGUCAAUGCUGUGGUUAAUGUUUGGUGUAGUUCAGGCACAAAAAGCAUUGAUGAAAGGAAUGGAGCUGGGAGGUUUACGAUUCUGAUGGAUCGGCCAGUUUUGAACCAGUUCCCAUCCCCAGUAAUUCUCAGUAAGGAUACCUCUCAGUGUUUAACCUGAUCAUGAAACCAUGGAUCAUUUUUCUUUCUGUCGUCCAGCCCAAUCUGAACCAAACCACAGGUGAAGGAAACCAAAAUUCAACAUGUUGUCAUGUUGUCUCAAAUCACAGGUCUUUGUAGUUUCUUUCUGCUUCGUCACGUCGGUGCCAAGUAAACGAUCUUGGCUGUGAGCAGAGGAAAGAGAAACACGCACAAAACAAAGACCAGGAAAACCCAAACUGGACGACAAACUAAAGAAACGUAACAAAACGAUUUAAGCUCAAAGCUCCACUUGUUGGCUUCCUGCGGGGGCUUGGUUGCACCUCAUGGUCGUCUUCAGUGAGCUGGUGUUUGACUUGUGUCUGAAAGCAGAGCGACUUGUCUCUGGAUCUGGUUGGUCAGAUGUGUCUCUGCUCAGCCUGCAGGUUGAUGCCGGAGGAUGAAGGCGGUCAAGGUUUCGGUGUAUUCGGACGUAGGAGAGUCGCAGUGUUGUCGAGCUUUUUGGUCUCGGUGUGAAGACGGAAUGGAAAUGUUCUGAAAGGUUCGGCUCAAACAAUGAAGGAGCGCGCGUCCUCUCCCAGCUCGAGCCCAUCAUGUGUACAUGUGUACUAUACUGAGUGAUGACAUACUGUAAACUACGUACCGUGCAGUCCGCCUGUACUGUUCAUUUUUUUCUAACUGUUGAAGCUUGGUGUGGUGAGCACUGCCCUCCCUGCUUGUAAAUGAGACGUUCUGAUUCGUUGAACUGCCUUCACUUUUUUUCUCCAUCUGACGUCGGUUUAUCAAAGCGUGCCUACUCGCCGUCCCACCGGGGGACCCUGCUGUACAGAACAUCCCAGAAGCCCCUGCAGCACCCAGCAGAGGAGCACGUGGGCGUGCGUGCGUGCGUGCGUGCGUGUGUGUGUGAGAUGGAUGACGUGUGUGUGUGUGUGUGUGUGUGUGUUGCCCACAGAUGCUGGACUGCGAGUGCGAUCUCCGGUCAGUUCCUCGCUGUUGUCGUCGUCCUGAGCGAUGAUGACUAGAACAUUUUUGAUUUUAAGUUUGUGAUGAUAAAGAUCUUUUUGUAAACGAUGUUUUGUGUCUGAAUCCAUGGAGCUCCUCAUCAUCUGAUUUAUUUUCCCACUUUUUUUUUUGUUUUCUCUUUUUGUUGUUCUGUACAGAUGAGAAUUGGACAGUUUGUUAAUAAUAAUAAAGUCUGCAAGGUUUCUA